AUGGCUUCUCUGCCGGGACUCAACGGUUCAUUGGACCAGUACGCCGGCGAUGCACUCGAAUCUUUUGAUUCACAGGGUCCUCAUUCACUUCAACUCUCUGCGGGCUCGGAAUGGCGAGUUCAAGUAGGCAAAGACUCACAACUGUCCCUCACGGUUCAAGAGGGCAUCGCAGAGAUAUUUGGCAUAGAACUUGCUGUUGCCGUGGCCUACAGGUUUCAAGGUACUAGCAUUGCAGUGCAUGCCGUUGAAGACGUGCUGUUAGAAUGGAAUGGAACAGUAGUACAACAACAGAUCGUCGAUGAAAAGGAGACAAACGCUUCACAUGUAUACAACUUGCAUUUUGCACUCGAAAAACAGCGAGCAGCGGGUUCCCAAGGCCCAAGGGUGCUACUGGUGGGCAAUAGAGCUUCUGGCAAGACUAGUUUGGCCAAAACCUUGAGCAGUUACGCAAUCAAAACCCGGGACCAGGGCCCAGUUGUGGUAAACUUAGACCCACAACAGUGCAUAUAUACGCCUCCUGGGUGUCUAUCUGCAACACCGAUCUCAGAUUUGAUCGAUGUGCAAAAUAAUGGAUGGGGUCAUAGUACUACGAGCGGUGCAACUGCAUUGCACGCAAAACAGCCAUUGGUCAAAAAUUUUGGAUUGGAACGCAUUUCGCGUAAUCGGGAGUGGUACCGUGUGCAGCUGCAGCAGCUUGCCACGUCACUUGACGCUCGUCUGGCAAACGAUGCGGCUCUACGCCGUGCUGGCAUCAUAGUUGAUACGCCAGCAUUACGUGAAAUGGGCGAAGGGGAAGAUGACGAAUACGACUUUUCGUUGAUACAUGAGAUAGUGAAUCUAUUCCAUAUCAACGCAGUAGUGGUGUGUGCCUCGGAUGACACUCUUGCCGUGAAACUGCAUCGCGAACUACCCGUCGAGACGUUGACCAUUGUACGUUUGCCCACUUCGAGCGGAGUGGUGUUGCAUGACGAUGUACAAAUACGUGCGUUGCAGAGCGGUGCUAUAAGAGAUUAUUUUUAUGGAGAUUCCUCGACUGUGUUGAGCCCAUACGCCGUAAGCGUCGACAGCGACGCAGUGACUGUAUGGGAACCUGAAAAUGCCAUAUCUGGUUCUUCAGAGGCGCCACAGGCUCGACUGAAGUCCGUGGAGGUUAACGCAAGUAAUUUGCAGCAUGCCUUAGUCGCAAUAAGCUAUGCACCAAGGUCUGCGUCGCCUGAGGAAGUUGCUAGAAGUGGUGUUCUCGGGUUUGCAUUGAUACUAGAGGUUCAUGAUGCUCGGAAAAGGUUAAGAAUUUUGUUGCCUGUCCCAGGGCGUUUGCCUGAGGGUGCAUUGAUUUUGACCGAAAGUAGGUAUCUGGAGUAG